UAUUUAAAACAAAAAGCAAUAACAGAGUUUUUCACAAUAUCGGUUCCGUAUAAUGCGGAUUUUUGCAUUUAUAUUUUUGUUUAUAAAAUUUAACACUUAAAAUCCGCUAAAGGAGCUUUAACAGUUUCGAAUAUGUAUUCUGCAUUAUCCAAAAUAUUUUUCAAGCCGAGAUCAGUUCUUCAAAUCUCAGGAUUUGCGACAUCAGCAAAGUUAUGGAAUCAAAAAUGGAAUAUUGGAAAGUUAAAUCAUGUAGCAAUUGCUGUGCAUGAUUUACCAAAGUCAAUGGCUCUUUAUAGAGAUGUAUUUGGUGCUAAAGUAAGUAAUCCUGAGCCACAAAAAGAACAUGGUGUUUAUACUGUUUUUGUAGAACUAGGAGAUACAAAAAUUGAACUGUUGCAUCCCCUUGGUGAAAAUAGCCCAAUUGCUGGCUUUCUUCAAAAAAAUCCUGCUGGAGGAAUACACCAUAUAUGUUUAGAAGUUAGUGAUAUACACUUAGCAAUGGAGACUGUAAAAGCUAACAAUAUAAAAGUUUUAAGCGAUAAACCAAAGAUUGGUGCACAUGGAAAACCUGUUGUAUUUCUCCAUCCUAAAGACUGUGGUGGUGUGCUUAUUGAAUUAGAACAAAUGUAAAACUUUAAUUAAAAACAUUUUACAAUUUAAUUAUUUUUAUUUAUAAACUCGCUCAUUACAAUUGAUUAUUAUGUAAAGGUUUUUGUUUUGUAGAAUUUUUUUCCUUUUUGUAAUGUGGAAAUAAUUUUUGUUGUGUGGAA